UUGGGUCUCUAGUCGCGUUUUCGGUCGCUUCCCUCCUCUCUCCCCGCCUCCCGGCCUCCGCACCAACGCCGUCGCCGGGGCUGGAGCUGAGCCCGAGUCGCAGCCGCAGCCGCAGGCAGACGUGGAAACAUGGAGGCCUGAGCCGGCGUGCGUCACCCCGGGCUGCGGCAGCGACCGCGGCUUCUGACCCCCGCCCCCACCCGCCCGUCCCUGGAGCGAGUCAACCCGCCGGCGAGACAGGUUGUCUUGUGAAAAUGCAGGCUUAAGGAGAAGUUAUUUAACAAAUUAGAAGAUGGGAUCAAACAGCAGCAGAAUCAGUGAUCUUCCUAAAAAUGAAUACUUAAAAAAGUUAUCGGGCACAGAAUCUGUCUCUGAAAAUGACCCGUUCUGGAAUCAGCUUCUCUCAUUUUCUUUCCCUGCACCAACUAGCAGUACUGAGUUGAAACUCUUGGAGGAGGCAACCAUUUCAGUCUGCAGGUCUUUAGUUGAAAACAAUCCUCGAACAGGAAAUCUUGGUGCACUAAUUAAGGUCUUCCUUUCUAGAACCAAAGAACUAAAACUUUCAGCAGAAUGUCAGAACCACAUCUUUAUUUGGCAGACUCACAAUGCUUUGUUUAUUAUUUGCUGUUUGCUGAAAGUGUUCAUCUGUGAGAUGUCAGAAGAGGAGUUACAACUUCAUUUUACUUAUGAAGAAAAAUCUCCUGGCAGUUACUGUUCUGACUCAGAAGAUCUUUUGGAAGAAUUGCUCUGCUGUUUGAUACAGUUAAUCACUGAUAUUCCACUCUUAGAUAUUACAUAUGAAAUAUCAGUAGAAGCUAUAUCAACAAUGGUUGUUUUCCUUUCCUGCCAACUCUUCCACAAGGAAGUUUUGCGACAGAGCAUCAGCCACAAGUAUUUGAUGCGAGGUCCAUGUCUUCCAUACACCAGCAAACUUGUGAAAACCUUAUUGUAUAAUUUCAUCAGACAAGAAAAGCCACCUCCUCCGGGAGCCAGUGUUUUCCCUCAGCAGUCGGAUGGGGGAGGACUGCUUUAUGGGCUUGCAUCAGGAGUAGCAACUGGUCUCUGGACUGUCUUCACACUAGGCGGUGUGGGCAGCAAAGCAGCUGUCACUCCAGAGCUUUCUUCCCCUCUGGCCAACCAGAGUCUCUUGCUUCUGCUGGUGUUGGCCAACCUGACAGAUGCUCCAGAUGCACCAAACCCCUACAGACAGGCCAUUAUAUCCUUUAAGAACACACAAGAUAGCAGUCCUUUCCCCUCGUCAAUUCCACAUGCUUUCCAGAUCAACUUUAACAGCUUGUACACGGCUCUGUGUGAACAGCAGACAUCUGAUCAAGCAACUCUCCUCUUGUACACAUUGCUCCAUCAGAAUAGUAAUAUUAGAACGUACAUGUUGGCUCGCACGGACAUGGAAAAUCUUGUUUUACCAAUUCUUGAGAUUCUGUAUCAUGUUGAAGAAAGAAAUUCACACCAUGUGUAUAUGGCCCUUAUAAUAUUGUUGAUUCUUACAGAAGAUGAUGGCUUCAAUAGAUCCAUUCAUGAAGUAAUAUUAAAAAAUAUUACUUGGUAUUCAGAACGGAUUUUAACUGAAAUUUCAUUAGGGAGUCUCCUGAUACUAGUUGUAAUAAGAACCAUUCAAUACAACAUGACAAGGACAAGAGACAAGUACCUUCACACAAAUUGUUUGGCAGCUUUAGCAAAUAUGUCAGCACAGUUUCGCUCUCUCCACCAGUAUGCUGCCCAGAGAAUCAUCAGUUUAUUUUCUUUGCUGUCUAAAAAGCACAACAAAGUUCUGGAACAAGCCACACAGUCCUUGAGAGGUUCGCUGAGUUCUAAUGAUGUUCCUCUACCAGAUUACGCACAAGACCUAAAUGUCAUCGAAGAAGUGAUUCGAAUGAUGUUAGAGAUCAUCAAUUCCUGCCUGACAAAUUCUCUUCACCACAACCCAAACUUGGUGUAUGCACUGCUUUACAAACGAGAUCUCUUUGAACAGUUUCGAACUCAUCCUUCAUUUCAGGAUAUAAUGCAAAAUAUUGAUCUGGUUAUUACCUUCUUUAGCUCAAGGUUGCUACAAGCUGGAGCUGAGCUGUCAGUGGAACGGGUCUUGGAAAUCAUUAAGCAAGGUCUUGUCGCACUGCCCAAAGAUAGACUAAAGAAAUUUCCAGAAUUGAAAUUCAAAUACGUGGAAGAGGAGCAGCCUGAGGAGUUUUUUAUCCCCUACGUCUGGUCGCUUGUCUACAACUCAGCAGUAGGCCUCUACUGGAACCCACAGGACAUCCAGCUGUUCACGAUGGACCCCGACUGAGGGCAGGACGCUGUCUCCCACCUCGACCCCCGGCAGCCCAGCAGCCUUUCUAGUUAUUUUAUUUCUGGGGAACAGAAGUAGACAGAUUGCCUGAUGUAUCUUCUGUUUAAGAGGAUUACACAAGCCAUGUUUCCCUUGCACACUUUGGUUUGGAGAAUUGGUGCUGGUUGGCAAUAGAUCACUCAGCUUAGAUUGUAGUGCAAAAGGGGAGUGGGGGGGAGGUACACCACAAUAAUAAACAUAAAAACCUGUUCAA